AUGAAUAACAAUAAUAGUGGUGAGAACAUGAAUACAUCUGGAAAUCCAGAUUCUGGUUCCUCUACACCAAAUAUCCAGAAUAGACAAAUGCCUCAAAGACCCGUCUCAAUUCAACCGAGUCAAGUGAAUCAAUUAGCUCAAGCGUUAAGAAAUGAAGUUAGUUUAGCAAAAGCAGCGGGAAAUGAUAUUGCGAAGGCUCAACAACAUUACGCUAAGGCAGAAUCCAUUAAACAAGUGUUAUUAAAUUAUAGAGAUCAACAAAAUGCAAGGAAAGCACAACAACAACAACAGCAACAGCAGCCUGCAGAUACAUCAAACCAGGUUAAUCAACCAGCAAGUGCAGGUAUUACUCCUAUUAACAGACAAUCAUCUCCACAACCAACCCCACAAGGACAAUCUCCUGUGCUUAACCAAUCUCAACCAAUACACCAAUCUCCAGCUAAUUCAGGUUCGCCGGCACCUACGAUUCCACCAAAUAAUAAUAAUAAUAAUGCAGCUACGAUCGAGAAAUUUAACCAAGCGAAGGCACGCUUAGGUGAGUUUGAAAGGAAGAUUCAGCAGCUUCAAAAUAGUAAGAAAUCUUAUAAUUUGAAUCCAGAGCAAGUAACAUCUAUAGAAAGCCAAUUGACUGAAUUGAAAAGCAAAUAUGCACAAUACCAAAGGUAUGCUAUAUAUAUUAAGUCUCAAUUAGUUGAACAGGCGAAGUCAAAUAUUACAAGUGCUCCAGGGACGAGUAAUGCACCAACGCCUGGUACUGUUGCCAAUCAAAGAGUUCCACUGACAGGAAAUAGUGCUCCACAAGGUAUACAUUCUCCAUCUAUGCCUAAGCAAGGCUCUCUCCCUCCUGACGUCGGCAACUUGUCAAACAAACAAGUAUCAGUCUCAGCCAAGGGUAAGUCUGUAUCACCACCACCAACUAACGUAAAUGCCACGCCUAGCAAGUCUGGACCUGGUCUGCAAUCUUCUUCUCAGGGAGUACCGCCAAUUAACUUAUCAGGCAUUACAAAGCCAAGCGUUCCAUCGAUUCCUAUUUCUAGUUCCAUAAAUGUAAAGCCUCCGACUGCUGUGACAUUGAAACCAACAAGCAACAAUAAUAGAGCCACCUUAUCGAGUGGUGUUGCUAAUGGUAUAGGCCAAAUUUUAGGGACUCCUGCUAUAUUAAAAUUGCCAACGUACGAUCUUUCGAGCUCUGGUGCUGGUGGUGCGAUCCCAGAUAAUGGCGGUAGGGUCUUAACGAAAAGGAAACUAUCUGAACUAGUAAAUAAUAUAGGGGCUGAUGAAGGUGAUGGAAAGACUAACAUUGAUGGUGACGUUGAAGAACUUUUACUUGAUCUUGCUGAUGAAUUUAUAACCUCCGUUACGGGAUUUGCUUGUAGACUAGCCAAGCACCGUAAAGUAGAUUCUGUUGAUGUCAGAGACGUUCAAUUACAUUUAGAAAGAAAUUGGAAUAUUAGAAUUCCAGGAUAUGCUAUGGAUGAAAUUAGAACUACAAGGAAAUGGCAACCAAAUCCAAGUUAUAAUCAAAAAGUUUCUGGAGUUGAAAUAUCUAAAUCAGUAAAUGGAAAUAUUAAUUAG